AAAACGUGGCGAAAUGUAAUUUCCAUAAUAUUUGUAAAACAAUCAUUUCAAAAUAAUGUUUCUAAUUGUUAUAGGUGCUUUGUGCUUGACAUUAACAUCUUGCUCACCAUUGACGAAUCGUAUAAUAAAUGGUACAAAUGCGCCCAGUAUACCAUGGAUGGCGGAUAUAUUAACAUAUUACGAACCAGGUGAGUCGUUCACCCGUAAUUGUGGAGGAAGUUUAAUUGCUCCUAAUUGGGUUCUAACUGCAAAACAUUGUAUCUAUAAUGAACAAAAUAACCUUACCAGCAAUGAAUUCCAUGUAACUCUUGGUAGUAACAGCAUUUUUAGAGGUCAACUUAAAAAAGUUAUUGACAUUGUUGAAUAUAAUUCAAAUCGUGAUGAUGAUUUAAUUCUGCUAAAAUUGGAGAAUAAUGUAGAAGGAAUUACUCCAAUCAAGGUGCAAUACGAAGAUAAUAUUGUUUAUGCAGGAAAAACAGUUACAAUUUAUGGAUGGGGUCAAACAGAAACGAAUCCAGCUGGUGAUUUCUACCAUUUACAACAAACAAAUGUUACGCUUAUAAGUCGUGAAGAAUGUGGAGACUCUAGAUGGGUUUGUUUUGAUCCACGACUCACCCAUUCGAAUAGUUGUUUAGGCGAUAGUGGUGGUCCAAUGAUUUUAGAAGAAAAUGGAGAAACACGAUUAAUUGGGGUUUCUCAUUCCAUAACUUAUUGGGACUUUUCACUUAGUCCUUGCGAUGGUCCAAAAUCUAUAUACAUAAGUACAGCACAUUAUGCAUCAUGGAUUCAAAGUGUUAUAAUUUGAAUAAUUUUGAAUUUUAAUUUUUUGUUUUAUAUACAUUCCACAUUUACCUAGAAUUUAUUGGUAAAAGUAAAUAAAUUAGCACUUU